AAACUUAUCGAAAAUCCUGAUAUACUUUAAGUUCGAUAUUUUUCGGUACUGAAAAUAUUGAUAUACCUUAAAUUUGAUAUUUUAACCUCCUACGAUUAGGUCAACACACGCUAGUGUCCCAAUCGACAUUUCGAAUCGUUAAUCUUUCACAUUGUGUCUCUAUCACUUGUAAGUUAAAAAGGAAAAGAAAAAGGGGAGUCUGAGAGAGAGAGAUGAACGUAUCAAUUGGGCAUAGUAGCGCGGCAUCAUUAUCAAUGACGCGAGGAGCAGUCCUGCAUAUAAAUGCCACAACACCCCUUCGUUCCAAAUCGAAGUUCCCAUUUCUCUUCUCACUCUCCUUUUCCACUACUACUUCGCGCGCAACAAGAGCCACUGCUUCAAUGUCUUACCACAAGCAGCUGGCCGCCGCCAAGAAAGCCGCAUCUGUAGCUGCUCGGUUAUGUCAGAAGGUGCAAAAGGCUUUGUUGCAAUCUGAUUUCCAAUCAAAGUCUGACAAAAGUCCUGUCACCGUGGCUGAUUAUGGUUCGCAGGCUAUUGUUAGCUUUAUUUUGGAGAAAGAGUUGACAUCUAUUCCAUUUUCAUUAGUAGCUGAAGAGGACUCUGGAGACCUUAGGAAAGAAGAAUCCAGAGAAACGCUGCAUCGCAUAACAGAGCUUGUAAAUGACACAUUUGCUAGUGAUGGAACGAUUGGUAUAUCACCAGUCUCUGAGGAAGAUGUGCUCAAAGCCAUUGACACUGGAAAAUCUGAAGGGGGUCCUCAUGGUCAGCAUUGGGUUCUGGAUCCAAUUGAUGGCACUAAAGGAUUCUUAAGGGGCGAACAGUAUGCUAUCGCAUUAGCCUUGUUAGAUGAAGGAAAAGUUGUGCUGGGAGUUUUAGCAUGUCCAAAUCUACCAUUAUCAUCUAUUGCUAGAAGCAAUUUGAGCAGCUCUGAAGAUAAAGCUGGUUGUCUCUUUUUUGCGGAAGUUGGUGCUGGGACUUACAUGCAAAGUUUAGAUGGCUCCCCACCAACAAAGGUACAUGUCAGUUCUAAUGAAAACCCUGAAGAAGCAUCCUUCUUUGAAUCUUAUGAAGCUGCACAUUCUUCGCAUGACUUAUCUGGCUUGAUAGCAACGAAACUUGGUGUUAAAGCACCACCUGUUAGGAUAGAUAGCCAAGCAAAAUAUGGCGCUUUGUCUAGAGGAGAUGGAGCAAUAUAUCUGCGGUUCCCUCGCAGAGGUUACAUUGAGAAGAUAUGGGACCAUGCAGCUGGAUACAUAGUUGUUGCAGAAGCUGGAGGUGUAGUGAAUGAUGCUGGUGGGAAACCUCUGGACUUCUCAAAGGGAAGAUAUCUUGAUCUGGACACAGGAAUCGUUGUCACAAACCCAAAAUUGAUGCCAGCUCUCCUGAAGGCUGUCCAGGAGUCCAUCAGCGAGAAAGCCUCGUCUCUGUGAUCCUUAAUCCAGUGAGACAAAAUUUAACUAUAAGUGGCAUGUUUACAUAAAUGAAAAAAUUUAAUCCUUAAAAAACGUGUGGGUCCUAUCACUUUUAAUGAAUUUACAUUUUUUCCUUAA